GCCGACCGCGCCCAGUCAAAACCAGUCCCAAACCGGUUCCCAAACCGGUUCCCAAACCGGUUCCCAAAGCACCGCCAGGCGCGCCCGGGGGAGGCCAUGGAGGCGCUGCUGCUGGCGGUGGCCCUGGGGGGGAUUUCGGUGGCCGCGCUGCGCUGGGCCCGCAGGGCUCGGAGGGGCCCCGAGGGGCCGCGCUUGGGCUUCGAGGCGCGGACGGUGGCGCACAGGGGCGGCGCUGGGGAGCGAAUCGAGAACACCCUGGAGGCCUUUGAGCACGCUGUCAAUCAAGGCGCGGCGCUCCUGGAGCUCGACGUUCGCCGCACCCGGGACGGCGUCGCCGUCGUUUGCCACGAGCCCGUGGGGCACCUGCGCUUCCGGGAGCUCCCCCUGUACCGCUGCCCUGUGGAGGUGACGUUUUCCCCAGGUAAAGAAAACGCCGGGAAUUUUGGGGGGAAAAACGGCGAUAUUGGGCAAUUUGGGGCAUUUGGGGUCAAUUUGGGGCAUUUUGGGGCAUUUUUGGGUCAUUUUGGGUCAAUUUGGGCCUUUUUGGGUCAUUUUGGGUAAUUUUGACCCAUUUUGGGUAAUUUUUGGCCAUUUUUGGUC